AAGAAAAAAUUUCACCUUUCCUGCCGUAGCCUACGCGGAGGAGCCUGACAUGAUUGUAUUCUCCACUGGCCUUUGCCUGAAUGGAGGGAGUUUGAACAGUGAACAUAUCAUCAGUAUCACAGUCAUAAUCUAAAGACAAGCGAUUUAGGAGGCGCUCGAGGAUUGAGUAAAUAAUAUUAUUAUGUCAGGGGCCGCAGCUACCGGCGGGGAGGAAAUGGUCUUCAAUGCCGAAGAUAGGAGGGUUCGAGUCCUGAAUCCUCGGAAACCUCCCGCCGGGGGUCACCCAGUUCACGCCUCCAUUUUCCAAGUACGUUCAGCGUGCAAAACUUGCAAGCAGGUAGCGCCUGCCACGUGCUUCAUGGUCGAACAGCUCAACAAAGGCGCUCAUCCCUGCUACUAUUUCACGACUGCCGCACACGUUAUUUGUUGCAGCGAUUGUGGAGAGUAUUGUUGGAUUCAGAUUGUGUACGAAUGGGAUCCCAAGUUUCCCGAACCCAGUAGCACGUUCCUGCCGGAUAAAACCUUUGUCGAGGAAAACAAUGACCGAGGAUGGCUGCGGGUGCCCGAAGACUACAUAAAGAACUGCGGAAAGGGCAAGGAAGACUGGGAUCGCUAUCUGUAUGAUUAUGGCGUUAUUGCUCUGCGCAAGGACAACUUGGAAAAGGGACUAAAGAAUGAGCUUGCAAUGCUGAGCGGUGAAAAUGCAAUGGUCCGCAAACCAAGGGCCCAAAAGGCGCGUAUGGAGUCUGUUGACCAGGCGUUCCUGUGUGGGUUUCCUGGAGAGGUCAAGAAGGAGGCGGUUCGAGGUCACAUGUACUGGAUGCCCGUUGACAAAGCCAAGAAAGCUGAACCGCUACUGGAUGCCAUCGGCUUUCAAAAGCGCAGAGGCCAGGAGAGAGAGACCUCUGCACUGUUCGCCAUGCCGCAACGUCAUACGAAUGACGGUGACGGCGACGGAAACAACAAAAGCAGCAGCAACCAGGAACUUGUUGUCCAGCGACUCUACCGUCACUACAUUGAUUCAAGCGGUGGACAGAGCGGCUCACCCGUAUACUCCUACGACGAUGAAGAAGACGAGUACAUCGUUUACGGCAUUCAUGCCGGAUACUGGCGCUUUGAGGAUGCCAAGUCCAAUUUGUACUGCAAUGUAGCAGUGCGGAUGCAGGAGGUCUACAAAGACAUGAGUGAGUGGAUCAAAGGGAAGGAGGAUGACAAGCACACGGCCAAGCCAGCUCAGAAACAUUCCACAGAAGGAUUCGUUGAGAAGAAACAACGUAGCUAUCUGUUUGGCACUGGAAUCGAAGGAAUGAAGAAUUCGAAGCCAGGAACUGAGGAUGUCGGUAAACCUGACGAAGAUCCGACAACAGCUCUCCCCGUUGCCAGCCCACUGGGCCCCAUAGGUUCGAAACGCCUUAAAGAUAUCGACAACCACACAACAUUUGCUCAGAGUCUUCAACCUUUCUUCGACAAGAAAGAAAAGAGAGACUUGGGUCGCAAAGCAGUCGAGGCUGUGGACCCAGACCUUAAGAACGACUCGUAUGUCGUGCUGGAACAAUUUCAUGACGACCACGAAGGACGAUUAGAUGGCGGCAAAGUGAAGGGCCAAGAUAACUUGAUGUGCAUCAUCUACUAUCUGAUCGUCAACAAGACAGAGAUGACUAUACCUGCUUUGUUUGAGAUGCUCACACCAUGUGCAAGUCAGAACACAGAAAAAAUAAAGAAAAAGCUGAUGGCGGCUUCGUACAACUGAGCAGUGUCGUGAAGUCACCAUGGCAACUACCCAGGUGCACUACGCGAAGGUCACCAGAUGUCUGCGGCAUAGUCGUCUUCUGCGGUUUGUUCUUGCAAAACUGCGCGCUGCAUUGCUCUGCAUUACUCUGCAUUACUCUGCAUUGCUCUGCAUUGCUCUGCAUUGCUCUGCAUUACUCUGCAUUACUCUGCAUACCUAGUAGAAUACAUGUGACUGUUAUCUCUUUGCCAUUCUAUGUUCGAAGUCGGAAGAAAAUGUUGAACGGUCUAUGCUGGGAUGACGGCUACACCAUAGCUCAGUGGUUAGAGCAUCGCUGGCCACAAGCGAGGGCCGAGGGUCCCUGGUUCUUGUCCUGGUGGUGACAUUCAAUUUUUCUACAGAUUUUUCUCUUUGCCCUUCCCUCAGCUAGUGAGUAUGACGAUGUUUUCUCUGAUUUUAAAUAAGUUGCCUUGGGCCAGGUCUGCCUGCUGGGAAGCAUGGUUUGCUGCCCGUGUGUUUAUCUGCUACGUGCAUUUCUUCCAUACUGAGGAGGAAGAAGUGUUUGCGCUCUUGUCUCCAAGGAAACUGUGCAUGCAUUUCUUUGCUUACAUAAUGUUAUUAUGCCUUCCGUGACACGUGCAUGCUGAAUACUCUCCUUUCGCCUGCACAUGCCUUCGCUAAGUAUCGGUGUUUGAUGUUGCGCUGUCGUACCUCGCCUCUCUAUGUCCUGCGUAUCAUAAUGCUACAUGUCUUGCUCUCGUCUUGUCUUUUCUCUCUCUCUCUUAUGACCUUCUCUAUUUUUCUUGGCGCGCUUUGUCUGUGCAGACGCCGAGACCACCAAGGUCGGCUGAGCAGCAGGGCCCCGCCACUACUUUCCGCAUUCAUUCGGGAGCAUAGUGGACUUAGAAAGAAAAAAAUCCUUUUCCUUCUAUCAUGGGCGUGUGUGACACGAGCGAAACAUGGAUGAGGCGAAAAGGAUUAUUAUGUCUUUGA